AUGCGAGGUAGCCCAGAACAUAGAAGACCAACUGAUUCUCCACUGGCAGAACUACCAGCGGAAACGACAAGGGAAGCUGAGUCAGUGAAGGGAGAGGAGCUCUUUGAGGGCCUCUCCACCUCCUGGGACGUCGUGAAUCUCCUCGGCCAUUUAUUCAAAUGCAAACAAAAAUCAGUCCGCCAACAACUGGCUUUGAAGCUUCAGGAGUUUCCCCAAAGUGAGGAGUAUUUGGCACAGCUGUUGAGCAUGCACGUGACUAACUACGAUGGGGGGUUCCUCGAGGAAUAUCUCCUCACUCGUUGUCGGUCUUCGGUAAGAUUUGCAGUCUCGUGCUCGCUCAUGUUGAAGGCUCUUUCUGUUGGGUAUGACGCGACAUGUCGUCCUUUGGAGAGAUAUUUAUGGAAGGCAAAGAAGAGUCACAGGAGGACAUAUUCUGAUAGGGAGAGAGGAGGGUUUGAUUCGGGCUGUCGAUGUCCGGUCACCAAGUCUCAGUGGGUGGACGCAUUUGCUCGAGGGGAGGUCGAAUAUGGGAGAGGGACAUCACACUGUCGCUGUCAAAUCAACUUGAUUCGUCCACAAGUCGCAUUUCUCUCGCAGUUGACUGCCCUUGGAUGUGAGCAGUGUCUUUUCCAUGAAAGACUGAAUGUGCUUGUCAACCAACUCAAAUGUCUCAAUUCGAGUCUGCCUGCGCCUGUGUGGCUUCCCUUUUCCACAGAACACGUCAUUCUGAAUAUUUGUGAGAAUGAGACAGUCAUUCUCAAUUCCAAGCCCAAUGCCCCCUUCCUCGUAUAUGUGGAGGCACUGCAGCGUCAGGCAGAGGCUACCAUCUCCACCUACUCAAAGUCCGAGUCCAAUCUCCAGUCCAACUCGGUCUAUUGUCAGCGUGUGUCUGCCGCCUCUAUUCGCCACCGAUUACAGCAUUCCGUGACUCCGCUGAGUGUGUCUUCCUCCAAGGAUUCCACGGCGAUGGCCCCCGAGUGUUGGAAUGUGAAGAAGGCGAGAAUACGGGCGACAUCUUUGUUCGGAGACCUGCCCAAUUGGAGUUUGUGGCCAGUCAUCGUCAAACGGGGGGAUGAUUUGAGACAGGAAGUGAUGAUAUCUCAGGUUGGGUGGAUUGUGAUAUUAGAGGUGAUUGGACUACUCCAGGAGAGUUGGGAGGUCGAGAAUGUGAGGUUGUGGGUUCGUCCUGUUCGUGUUUAUGUGACUGGGUCACUUCGGGGACUGAUUGAGUAUAUCCCCGACACUGCCUCACUCCAUCAAAUCAAAAAGCGAGGAUUUCCCCGACUCAAUCAGUAUUUUGUGGAACAGUUCGGGUUGGAGACGUCUGAGAAAUAUUUAUGUGCGAGGGAGAACUUUGUGAGGAGUUGUGCGGGCUAUUGUGUGGUGUGUUAUCUCCUGCAAGUCAAGGACAGGCACAACGGGAACAUUCUUCUGGACGCAGAGGGUCAUAUGCUGCAUAUUGACUUUGCAUUUGUAAUGUCCUCUUCUCCUGGGAGGAAUUUGGGGUUUGAGGUGUCGCCCUUCAAGUUGACUGACGAGUUUGUGGAGGUGAUGGGAGGGCUCGAGUCGGAUAUGUUCAGAUUCUUCAAGAGUCUCAUUUUCCAGGGACUUGUGGCAGCCAGGAAGCACGUGGAGAGGAUUAUCACAUUGAUGGAGAUAAUGCAAGUUGGGAAUCCUACUCUCCCCUGUUUUAAGAACAGCACAUGUUCUAUUCAGUCCAAGAGAUUAUCUAACUUAACUUAUUCUGUUAUUGACACCGAACUAUUAACUUGGAUGGAAUACAUUGAGCUUAGAAGGCAGUUUCUGGACGAUAAUUCAAUUUUGUUGAAAGCAAAGAACAUUGCUAAUAUUUAUGGAAUUAAAGAGUUUAAAGCCAGUAAUGGAUGGCUAAGCAAGUUCAAGAUACGGAACAACUUAAAAUUGAGGACUUUACAUGGAGAAUCAGGAUCUACUGCAGUUGAUCAGAAACAAGAAAUUGAUGCAUUUACUUCUUUGAUCUCUGCAAAGAUUUAA